AUGACGGCUGUCAGCAAAAACGCUUUUGAGAAGUUGCAUCUAGAACUUGAUCCAGAGUCUGCCGAUUAUCUCAUUCCAAACAGUGGCCUUGUUGGUUUCCGAUUCCUCGUCCACGAGACACCUGAACCGCAUUGGAUACAUCACCAGGCAGCCGUGUUUCUUGGAGCCCAAUUCCACACCAUGCUUCGUCUCGUUGACUCGAUUUCACUCUCAGCUUGCAGCUGUACAGAGCCGUGUGAGCAACUUGUCUACACGUAUGAGUCGAUAACUCAGGCGUGGCAACCUUUUCUUCCUGGCUUCCGAGGUUUCGGAAAGUCCCAGUCCCUGCUCCCUCGAAAUGCGCACAAUAGAUCAAGGUCGGAUGGACAAAGUUCUCACACGCUGAAUCGACAUUGGUUGAGCUUUCCUGGUCAAAAUGAAAAAGACUAUCAGUUAUCAGCAUCCAUUCAGCUGUGGGCAUUCCUUCGAGAGGCCAAUCGCAAUGUUUUUCAUGAACUCAUGAGUUUGGAUGAAACUUUACUCAGCCUUCAUCGUAUAACAAAGAUGAUGCAGGAUGCGGUGAAGGUAAUAGGUCAAGCGGCAAAUUAUUCAAGAGGGGACGGGAGUCGUCUCAUAAACAGUCUCCUCCAUGCCGGAGGAAAGAAAAGCAGUCUUUUUGACGAAAAUUGCCUGGAUCAGGCUGAACACACUGGUAUGCUGAUGCGAGUUAGCCAACUCAGUAAUGCCUUCACAGACAGGCUGCAGGAGUCCUUUCUCUUCGACAUGACCCAAGAUACUGUACAACUGAAUUUGGUAAUGAUUUUCCUUCAGCGGAGUCCGCUCGACUUUUCGCGCCUUUUGAACGAUCUUCGAAUAAGUGACCUCAUCUCCGAUGUGACUGUGCUUGACCUCCGUCGAAACGGUCAAAAGUGCCUUGAUGCAGCCUACAGUCUGAAUGGCUUUUUAAGCAACUUCACCAUGAGGGGAAUGUACUCUCGCAACUCUUCCAUAACCAAAGCAAAUGAUGUAGCUCGUGGCAGUGAAAAUAUAAUUUCCUCGCUGCAAUCAAUGCUUCUUGCAACGGAUUCAAAUUUGAAUAAAAUUAGUGCCAAAUUUUCACGUCUAUACGAUCGGAAUAAGGUGCUCAUCAAAGAAAUGCGAGGUCUGCUUUCAUCUCAGUCAUCUAUGGAGCAGCGUCAUAGUCGAGUCGCCGUUACUGUCCAAAUAUCUUCAAGACAAGGCUGGUCACUUAGACUGAAGUCACCAGAAUCACUCUUUAACAAGAAUGCUGAACUUUUGGAUAUCCUCACGUCCGCGGUGAUGAUUGGAUCGUUACUGGUGCUGCUAGCUGAAGGCGUGUUCACCACUGUGUGGGAGUGUCGUUUGCGGCCGCACAUCCGUACGUCACAGGAACUCCUCAAGCACCGUUUCGAACACAGGAUGCACGAGGGCAUGCAAUCAUCUCCGUCGCCACCGCCAUUGGCAUCGCUGUCGCAACAGAUAAAGGCCGUUAUCCCGGUAUCCACCAGGUCACUGCAACCAUUGAGUGGGUCGCCGGGCUACGUCUACAGCCUGCCAAGAGAUCGAACGGGACUGUCGGCUUACAACGUCAAGUGGAACCACCUCACCCUUGCCCAGCCGUCUAAAUUCGCUGACCAACUUAUGCGUCAACGAGAACAGCAUCCUCGAUUCCUAGAUAUCACCGAGUCCACCAGUUGCAUUAACACGCCUUCGACCUCCACUCAUCCCCUCUCAGACGUUGUCUAG